AUGGCUGGCAAAUCCUGCAAUAUCAACACCAUAUACGGUCAUGAACGCAACUUCGGCCCUCUCAAACAGGUCAACUACAACCAUGGUUGUCAAUGCAACAUCGGAUCCUGUGAAUCUGUCAACAACACACAUAGUGCCAAAUGGAACAUCAGCGCCCAUAAAUGUGUUAACAUCAGCCCAAAGUUCUGUCAAUGUCACAUCAGGGCCUGUAACACAAAGCAAUACAACUUCAACACUAUCAACUACAACCCCAUCUUUGUCAACUACCCCAAUAGUCAACACAACAGCUCCUUCAACUACACCCAUAGUCAACAUAACAGCAACUCCAAAUAUCCCAGUAGUCAAUGCAACAGCUCCUUCAAAUACCCCCAUAGUCAACACAACAGCUCCUUCAACUACCCCCAUAGUCAACACAACAGCUCCUUCAACUACCCCAAUAGUCAACACAACAGCUCCUUCAACUACCCCAAUAGUCAACACAACAGCUCCUUCAACUACCCCAAUAGUCAACACAACAGCUCCUUCAACUACCCCCAUAGUCAACACAACAGCUCCUUCAACUACCCCAAUAGUCAACACAACAGCUCCUUCAACUACCCCAAUAGUCAACACAACAGCCCCUUCAACUACCCCAAUAGUCAAUACAACAGCUCCUUCAACUACCCUCAUAGUCAACACAACAGCAACUCCAAAUACCUCAGUAGUCAAUGCAACAGCUCCUUCAACUACCCCCAUAGUCAACACAACAGCUCCUUCAACUACCCCAAUAGUCAACACAACAGCUCCUUCAACUACCCCAAUAGUCAACACAACAGCUCCUUCAACUACCCCAAUAGUCAACACAACAGCUCCUUCAACUACCCCAAUAGUCAACACAACAUCUCCUUCAACUACCCCCACAGUCAACACAACAGCUCCUUCAACUACCCCCAUAGUCAACACAACAGCUCCUUCAACUACCCCAAUAGUCAACACAACAGCUCCUUCAACAACCCCAAUAGUCAACACAACAGCUCCUUCAACUACCCCAAUAGUCAACACAACAGCUCCUUCAACUACCCCCAUAGUCAACACAACAGCUCCUUCAACUACCCCAAUAGUCAACACAACAGCUCCUUCAACUACCCCAAUAGUCAACACAACAGCCCCUUCAACUACCCCAAUAGUCAACACAACAGCUCCUUCAACUACCCUCAUAGUCAACACAACAGCAACUCCAAAUACCUCAGUAGUCAAUGCAACAGCUCCUUCAACUACCCCCAUAGUCAACACAACAGCUCCUUCAACUACCCCAAUAGUCAACACAACAGCUCCUUCAACUACCCCAAUAGUCAACACAACAGCCCCUUCAACUACCCCAAUAGUCAACACAACAGCUCCUUCAACUACCCCAAUAGUCAACACAACAGCUCCUUCAACUACCCCAAUAGUCAACACAACAGCUCCUUCAACUACCCCCAUAGUCAACACAACAGCUCCUUCAACUACCCCAAUAGUCAACACAACAGCUCCUUCAACUACCCCAAUAGUCAACACAACAGCUCCUUCAACUACCCCAAUAGUCAACACAACAGCUCCUUCAACUACCCCCAUAGUCAACACAACAGCUCCUUCAACUACCCCCAUAGUCAACACAACAGCUCCUUCAACUACCCCAAUAGUCAACACAACAGCUCCUUCAACUACCCCAAUAGUCAACACAACAGCUCCUUCAACUACCCCAAUAGUCAACACAACAGCUCCUUCAACUACCCCCAUAGUCAACACAACAGCUCCUUCAACUACCCCAAUAGUCAACACAACAGCUCCUUCAACUACCCCAAUAGUCAACACAACAGCCCCUUCAACUACCCCAAUAGUCAACACAACAGCUCCUUCAACUACCCUCAUAGUCAACACAACAGCAACUCCAAAUACCUCAGUAGUCAAUGCAACAGCUCCUUCAACUACCCCCAUAGUCAACACAACAGCUCCUUCAACUACCCCAAUAGUCAACACAACAGCUCCUUCAACUACCCCAAUAGUCAACACAACAGCCCCUUCAACUACCCCAAUAGUCAACACAACAGCUCCUUCAACUACCCCAAUAGUCAACACAACAGCUCCUUCAACUACCCCCAUAGUCAACACAACAGCUCCUUCAACUACCCCCAUAGUCAACACAACAGCUCCUUCAACUACCCCAAUAGUCAACACAACAGCUCCUUCAACUACCCCAAUAGUCAACACAACAGCUCCUUCAACUACCCCAAUAGUCAACACAACAGCUCCUUCAACUAUCCCCAUAGUCAACACAACAGCUCCUUCAACUACCCCAAUAGUCAACACAACAUCUCCUUCAACUACCCCAAUAUCAACAGCUCCUUCAACUACCCCAAUAGUCAACACAACAGCUCCUUCAACUACCCCAAUAGUCAACACAACAGCUCCUUCAACUACCCCCAUAGUCAACACAACAGCUCCUUCAACUACCCCAAUAGUCAACACAACAGCUCCUUCAACUACCCCAAUAGUCAACACAACAGCCCCUUCAACUACCCCAAUAGUCAACACAACAGCUCCUUCAACUACCCUCAUAGUCAACACAACAGCAACUCCAAAUACCUCAGUAGUCAAUGCAACAGCUCCUUCAACUACCCCCAUAGUCAACACAACAGCUCCUUCAACUACCCCCAUAGUCAACACAACAGCUCCUUCAACUACCCCAAUAGUCAACACAACAGCUCCUUCAACUACCCCAAUAGUCAACACAACAGCUCCUUCAACUACCCCCAUAGUCAACACAACAGCUCCUUCAACUACCCCCAUAGUCAACACAACAGCUCCUUCAACUACCCCCAUAGUCAACACAACAGCAACUCCAAAUACCCAAGUAGUCAGCACAACAGAUCCUCCAACUACUGCAGCAGUAAAAACAUCUCUAGCUCCAACCACUCCGAUAACCAAUUUGACCGAAGUACUAACUACCCCAUUACCAACUACGCUGGUAGCAACUACCCCAGUAACAACUACCCAAGUGCCAACUACAACGGCAUCCCGUGCAACAGAGGCGCCACUGACCAGCCCACAACUGUCACUGCAGUUCAGCCUGAUAUCUAUCUUCACUAUCUCUCUGAGCAACAGCACGUCACCAGAGUUCCUGGCUUUGGCAAAUCAUGUGACUACACAGGCGAUACUACAAUGACUAAUGCAACCACCACCACCGCUGUUCCGGCAGCAACCACCACCACCACCGCUGUUCCGGCAGCAACCACCACAACCACCGCUGUUCCGGCAGCAACCACCACCACCACCGCUGUUCCGGCAGCAACCACCACAACCGCCGCUGUUCCGGCAGCAACCACCACCACCACCGCUGUUCCGGCAGCAACCAUCACCACCACCGCUGUUCCGGCAGCAACCAUCACCACCACCGCUGUUCCACCAGCAGCCACCACCACCACCGCUGUUCCGGCAGCAGCCACCACCACUGCAGUCGCACUAACUAACCCUCCAUCCUCUAGUGAAGGAACCCUGAUUCUUCGGUUCAGUCUUGAUGAGAUAUUCACCUCGGAUCUUGCCAACCCGUCCUCUUCAGCAUUCAAGGCUCUGGCUGGCAAAGUGGUCUCAGAGGUGAACAAGAUUUUUGCUAGAACCCCAAACUUCCUUCGUUCCAUUGUCAACUCAUUCAAGAGUGGAUCUGUAGUUACCAACAUGACCCUCGUGUUCAGUAACAAAUCUUCGGUUCCCAGCGCAUGCAGCGCACAAGCAACUUUCACCAUCAGUUCCACCUCCCUGAACAUCCUACCGGGCAGCGUCAAUGUUGCAACCACAGCUGCUCUCACAACAACCAAAGCUGCUCCCACAACAACCACAGCUGCUCCCACAACAACCACAGCUGAUCCCACAACAACCACAGCUGCUACCACAACAACCACAACUGCUCCCACAACAACCACAGCUGCUCCUACAACAACCACUUCUGCUCCCACAGCAACCACAGCUGAUCCCACAACAACCACAGCUGCUCCCACAACAACCAUAGCUGCUCCCACAACAACGACAGAUACUUACACAACAUUUUCUGGUGUUCCCACAACAACCACAGUCGCUCCCACAACAAACACAGCGGAUCCCACAACAACCACAGCUACACCCAAAACAACCACAACUGCUCCAACAACAACCAAAGAAUCUACCACAACAACCACAGCUGCUCCCACAACAAUCACUGCUGAUCCCAUAUCAACAACAGCUGCUCUCCCAACAACCACAGCUGCUCCCACAACAAACACAGCGGAUCCCACAACAACCACAGCUACUCCCACAACAACCACAACUGCUCCAACAACAACCACAGAAUCUACCACAACAACCACAGUCGCCACUUCAAAAAUCACAGAAUCUCCCACAACCACAGAAUCUACCACAACAACCACAGUCGCCACUUCAAAAAUCACAGAAUCUCCCAUAGCAACCACAGCUGCUCUCACAACAACCACAGCUGCUCCCACAACAACCACAGCUGCUCCCACAACAACCACAGCUGAUCCCACAACAACCAUAGCUGCUCUCACAACAACCACAGCUACUCCCACAACAAACACAACUGCUCUCACAACAACCACAGCUGCUCCCACAACAACCACAGCUGCUCCCACAACAACCACAGCUGAUCCCACAACAACCACAGCUGCUACCACAACAACCACAGCUGCUCCCACAACAACCACAGCUGCUCCCACAACAACGACAGCUGCUCCCACAACAACCACAGCUGCUCCCACAACAACCACAGCUGCUCCCACAACAAUCACAGCUGCUCCCAUAUCAACAACAGCUGCUCUCCCAACAACCACAGCUGCUCCCACAACAACCACAGCUGAUCCCAUAUCAACAACAACUGCUCUCCCAACAAAUACAGCUGCUCCCACAACAAACACAGUGGAUCUCACAACAACCACAGCUACUCCCACAACAACCACAGCUACUCCCACAACAACCACAGCUGCUCCAACAACAACCACAGAAUCUACAACAACAACCACAGUCGCCACUUCAAAAAUCACAGAAUCUCCCACAGCAACCACAGCUGCUCUCACAACAACCACAGCUGCUCCCACAACAACCACAGCUGCUCCCACAACAACCACAGCUGAUCCCACAACAACCACAGCUGCUACCACAACAACCACAGCUACUCCCACAACAACCACAACUGCUCCCACAACAACGACAGCUGCUCCCACAACAACCACAGCUGCUCCCACAACAACCACAGCUGCUCCCACAACUACUCCCACAACAAACACAGCAGAUCGCACAACAACCACAGCUACUCCCACAACAACCACCACUGCUCCAACAACAACCACAGAAUCUACCACAACAACCACAGUCGCCACCUCAAAAAUCACAGAAUCUCCCAAAGCAACCACAGCUGCUCUCACAACAACCACAGCUGCUCCGACAACAACCACAGCUACUCCCACAACAACCACAACUGCUCCCACAACAACCACAGCUGAUCCCACAACAACCACAGCUACCCCCACAACAACCACAGCUGAUCUCACAACAACCACAGCUACUCCCACAACAACCACAACUGCUCCAACAACAACCACAGAAUCUACCACAACAACCACAGCUGCUCCCACAACAAUCACUGCUGAUCCCAUAUCAACAACAGCUGCUCUCCCAACAACCACAGCUGCUCCCACAACAAACACAGCGGAUCCCACAACAACCACAGCUACUCCCACAACAACCACAACUGCUCCAACAACAACCACAGAAUCUACCACAACAACCACAGUCGCCACUUCAAAAAUCACAGAAUCUCCCACAGCAACCACAGCUGCUCUCACAACAACCACAGCUGCUCCCACAACAACCACAGCUGAUCCCACAACAACCACAGCUGCUACCACAACAACCACAGCUGCUCCCACAACAACCACAGCUGCUCCCACAACAACGACAGCUGCUCCCACAACAACCACAGCUGCUCCCACAACAACCACAGCUGCUCCCACAACAAUCACAGCUGAUCCCAUAUCAACAACAGCUGCUCUCCCAACAACCACAGCUGCUCCCACAACAACCACAGCUGAUCCCACAACAACCACAGCUGCUACCACAACAACCACAGCUGAUCCCAUAUCAAUCUACAACAACAACCACAGUCGCCACUUCAAAAUCACAGAAUCUCCCACAGAACCCACAGCUGCUCUCACAACAACCACAGCUGCUCCAACAACAACCACUUCUGCUCCCACAACAACCAAAGCUGAUCCCACAACAACCACAGCUGCUCUCACAACAACCACAGCUACUCCCACAACAACCACAACUGCUCCCACAACAACCACAGCUGAUCCCACAACAACCACAGCUACCCCCACAACAAACACAGCGGAUCUCACAACAACCACAGCUACUCCCACAACAACCACAACUGCUCCAACAACAACCACAGAAUCUACCACAACAACCACCACAACAACCACAGCUACUCCCACAACAACCACAACUGCUCCCACAACAACCACAGCUGAUCCCACAACAACCACAGCUACCCCCACAACAAACACAGCAGAUCGCACAACAACCAUAGCUACUCCCACAACAACCACAACUGCUCCAACAACAACCACAGAAUCUACCACAACAACCACAGUCGCUACUUCAAAAACCACAGAAUCUCCCACAGCAACCACAGCUGCUCUCACAACAACCACAGCUGCUCCCACAACAACCACAGCUGCUCCCACAACAACCACAGCUGAUCCCACAACAACCACAGCUGCUACCACAACAACCACAGCUACUCCCACAACAACAACCACAGCUACUCCCACAACAACCACAACUGCUCCCACAACAACCACAGCUGAUCCCACAACAACCACAGCUACCCCCACAACAAACACAGCGGAUCUCACAACAACCACAGCUACUCCCACAACAACCACAACUGCUCCAAUAACAACCACAGAAUCUACCACAACAACCACAGUCGCUACUUCAAAAACCACAGAAUCUCCCACAGCAACCACAGCUGCUCUCACAACAACCACAGCUGCUCCCACAACAACCACAGCUGCUCCCACAACAACCACAGCUGAUCCCACAACAACCACAGCUGCUACCACAACAACCACAGCUGCUCCCACAACAACCACAGCUGCUCCCACAACAACCACAGCUGAUCCCACAACAACCACAGCUUCUACCACAACAACCACAGCUGCUACCACAACAACCACAGCUACUCCCACAACAACCACAGCUGCUCCCACAACAACGACAGCUGCUCCCACAACAACCACAGCUGCUCCCACAACAACCACAGCUGCUCCCACAACAACCACAGCUGCUCUCCCAACAACCACAGCUGCUCCCACAACAAACACAGCGGAUCCCACAACAACCACAGCUACUCCCACAACAACCACAACUGCUCCAACAACAACCACAGAAUCUACCACAACAACCACAGUCGCCACUUCAAAAAUCACAGAAUCUCCCACAGCAACCACAGCUGCUCUCACAACAACCACAGCUGCUCCCACAACAACCACAGCUGCUCCCACAACAACCACAGCUGCUCUCACAACAACCACAGCUACUCCCACAACAACCACAACUGCUCCUACAACAACCACGGCUGAUCCCACAACAACCACAGCUACUCCCACAACAAACACAGCAGAUCUCACAACAACCACAGCUACUCCCACAACAACCACAACUGCUCCAACAACAACCACAGAAUCUACCACAACAACCACAGUCGCCACUUCAAAAAUCACAGAAUCUCCCACAGCAACCACAGCUGCUCUCACAACAACCACAGCUGCUCCCACAACAACCAAAGCUGCUCUCACAACAACCACAGCUGCUCCCACAACAACUACAGCUGCUCCCACAACAACCACAGCUGAUCCCACAACA